GACAUAAAUAUACCACGGACCGCCAUACCCAGCGAGGAAUAGCAUAUAACUGUACAGCCAAAAUAAGAAACGUAGUGGGUUAUCUCGCUGCUGCAGAGCCGUUGUUUGAGAGUGUGUGUGUGCUGAUUUAUUAAAGACAGUGACAUUAUCUCGGUAGAGGACAUGCUGAAUUCACCACAGAAGCUGUUUAUUUCCUGAAAAGAUGUUUGCGAAACCGUUUCGUGUCAAAUCCAACACCGCAAUCAAAGGAUCAGACAGGCGGAAGCUCAAAGCUGACCUAUCUGCGGCCUUUCCUUCACUCUCUGCUGAUGAGCUGUCUGAGCUGGUCCCCAACAAAGAGGAACUGAAUGUAGUGAAGAUUUACGCACAUAAGGGAGAUGCCGUGACACUUUAUGUUCUUCACAAAAAUCCACUGUUCUUUGAACUGGAGAAACGACUUUAUCCUACAGUGUAUGUGCUUUGGCGUUACCCUGCUCUCCUGCCAACAUUUAGGACAUGGCCUCCUGUGCUUCAGAAGAUGAUCGGAGGGGCAGAUCUCAUGCUGCCAGGUGUGACGGUGCCUUCAAGUGGUCUCCCAGAUGUGAAACAGGGCGACUGCUGUGCUGUUACGUUAGUGAACAACAGAGCUCCUGUUGCAGUCGGCACUGCUGCAGUGUCCACAGGAGAGAUGCAGAGUUCGGGUAUGAAAGGAAGAGGAGUUUGUGUUCUCCACGCGUACAUGGAUAAUCUCUGGGCUUAUGGGGACAAGUCAGGUCCUCCUUCUUUACCAGAUGCAGAGAGCAAAGGAGAAGGGGUGAACGGAGGGGAAUACGAGGGUGAUGAGAUAGAGGAAGAGGAGGAGGAAGAGGAGGAGGUGGUGGUAGAGAAGUGUGCGGAGGAGGAGCAGAGUCCCAGUGAAACGGUCACAGAUCAAGCCUGCUCUGUUAUUGAGGACCUGAGUCUGGCUGAGCAGGAGGAAGAGAAGGGUGAAAAGGAUGAUGAGGAAGAGGAGGGGAGCCAGGAUGACCAGAAACUGCCCCAAGAGAUAAUGGACGCCCUGCUGUUGCAGUGUUUUCUCCAUGCUCUCAAGUGCAAGGUUAAGAAGUCGGAGCUCCCCCUGCUGACCAGCACAUUUCUCCGCAACCACAUGUUCUCCUGCUGCCCAAGUGGAAAGCAACUUGAUAUCAAAAAAUCCAGCUAUAAAAAGCUGUCAAAGUUUCUACAGGCCAUGCAGAAACAGCAUAACCUUGUGCGAGUGAAGGAACUUACCAAGGGCGUGGAGAGCAUUGUGGAGGUGGACUGGAAAAAUCAAGAACUGCGCUCCUUUAAAGUUCCUGAGGAAACUGAUGUUGAAACCGCUCCGGCGCAGGAUGGAGGGGAAGGAGAACUUCCGUACCAUCCACCUGAGAUCACAACUCUGUAUUCUGUGUCAGCUCGACUGGAGCCUCUCUUUCUGGAUGCAAAAAAGAGGAAAGGAACAGUACUGCAGCCUGCUGAAGUGAGACAUAUUGUCACAGAGUAUGUGAAGACAAAUGAACUGGUGGAUGAAAAUAAUAAGAAUUACGUGACCAUAAACCCUACUCUGUGUGACUGCUUGUUGGAGAAAUCGGAGUACCAGGAGGUCGAGUCUCUCAAGUGGGAUGACCUCUUUAGCAGGACGUUGGGAAGAAUGCAGCAGUGCUAUCAAGUUGUGUUCCCCGGACAAGCACCCAUAACAAAGAAGGGCCACAUUGAGCCCAUAGACAUCUCUGUGGCUUCUCGAGGCUCCAAUAAGAAGGUCACUCUUAUAAAGAACCUGGAAGUGUACGGUUUGGAUCCUGCUGUUGUGGCCACCGCUUUGCAGCGCAGAGUCCAGGCCAGUUCAGUUUUACAACCCAUCCCUGGAUCCAAGGACAAAGUCCUGGUCCAGAUCCAAGGAAACCAGAUUCAUCAAGUUGGCAAUUUGCUGCUAGAUCAUUAUAAAAUUCCUCGAAAGUACAUCCAAGGACUAGACAAAGCUCCGAAAGGUGGCAAGAAGAAGUAACAUUUCAACCUGCUCUACCAACCACUUACUGUGGUUAAAGCUGCUUUACUGUAUGUAGACGCCAAACCAACUGUUGGCCAUUUGUGUAAUAAAAGUGGUUCACUGUCAUCUUCUGAA